AUGGCAAGUGUAUCAUACGUUGCGCUAACCAGUGUCUUCCCGUUUUUGGCCUCACCGUUUUUCCCGUGUGCAGAACAAGCUUUGAAGGAAGUAGUUGCCUACCGGAAUAGCCUUGACAAUCAGAAAAACAAGGACCUCGUAGUUGCUCUCGACCGUGUGGUGGACGUCAUGCAAAGCCACCUUUACCAUGCCUACCUUGAUGUCAGUGAUUUCUACAAGACGACCUUGCUGUCGGACAUCAUCCCGCCGAAAGUGAAGGCAGAAAUGGCACUCGAUAUCGCCGGGCGAUGGGAGCAGAUUGACAGUUCCUCGACCGCACUUUCUGCUUCCAUAACACACCCUUACCAGCCCGGCAACGACCUCACAAGGUGCUCUCGAUCCCGUUCUCUGUCCCAAAUCACAAGAGCCGGGGCUCUGGGGUCAGGGGCAAACAGAAGCAACGCAAAGGACCCCACCUCCACCUUGGUUAACUCCUGUGGUCGUCUCGUCCUGGGCCGCUAUCGUCGCACGAGUUUGACAAGGAAUUGUGUGCCCAUUUUUGACGAUUUUGAAGAGACUUCUCAGUCGGCCAGUUUCGGCUCCGCCUCGGCAUCCAAUUCCUCCUUUUCGCGGAAACAAGGGAACUGUCCGGUGACGUUUCGUGUUAAACUGACGAGGGGGUCGCAUGGCUUUGGGUUUUCCAUUGCGGGCGGAACCGACCGUGAGGCCCCGCUGGCCGCAAUGCACCCCCGCUUUGUAGUUUACGAUAUCCUUCUCGCCGUCAACGGGACCAGAUUGGUUGGACUUCCGCAUUUAAAAGCUGUCGCCAUCUUCGAGCAGUCGGGGCCCCAGUUGGUUUUGGAUAUUCAACGGCCCUCGACCGUCUUUAGUCACGAGUUUAGUCGGCCCAUUCCAUCAUUGUCUUCGCCUCCUAUCUCCACCACGGCAACCAGACGCUUUCAUUCUGUCAGGAGUGGAGAUGAAGUGCGUGAUGCUCAAACAGCACCCACUGCCUGCAAGUCACGUCUGGCUGCUUUUUCGCUCUCGCACUGCCCUCUUUUACCCACUACAUCAAAUUCAUCAUCCGAAUCCAGUGGAGCCUUGCCGACCACCGUAUCGCCUCUGUCAUCUCUCUUUACCUCUUGCCAAAAUCCCUCGGGAGAGACUGCUGGGAGGAAAAGAACGUCGACGGCGGUGGCGACGGCGGUGAAUGAUCAAGUGGCAGAAGAGACGAAGGAGAGCCAAGCGACAGGCAGUGAGAAGGAAGACAAAGAUGAUACCAUCUGGCUCUUUGAUCCCGAUAAAACUAUGAAUAGGAGGUCGUUCUCACUGACAAAUGAAACCCCCAACUGUGGAGAACCGGAAGCUUUUUCAGAGUCGAAUAGCAAUAGUUUGAUAGCCGAGAGCUCAACUGCCCCCCAGCCGGCCAUUAAAAGUCACCAUGAAAGAACCUCAAACGUCAACAAAGCAACUUCUGUCAGCACGCGGGGCAUAUCUGACCGGCCCCUGCCCAACCCCUCUCCCGGACCAGUCAUUGUCGAGGUCCCAUUGAUCAGAGGUACCAGGGCAGGGUUUGGGUUCCGCAUUGCUGGUGGUAUCGGAACUGAAUUCAUGGAGGGUGAUUCUGGUGUCUUCAUCACUCAGGUCACACCAGGAGGAGUAGCGGACUCCAGUGGGCGCGUCGCUGUUGGCGAUCGUCUACUUCGGGUGAACAGCGUCUCGCUGGUGAACGUAACUCACGAGGAGGCUGUUGAAACGCUCCAAAAUGCCGGAGAUUUCGCCCUCCUCCUUCUUGUCAAGGCUUCUCUUCAGUCAUCUCAACGGCUUAACUGUCGCCAGUGCCAGGAGACCGUCCAAAACCUACAAGCCUUGCCAAACACCCCAGGGAGUGGUGAGGAGCAAACUCCAAUCGUUCAGCCCUCACAGACUUCGGCGAGAAGUGCUGCGUGCAGGAGACCAUCUCGCCAACAAAGGUCGCGAAAGCGGAAGCCCACACGCCAUCAUCCACAGACCAGCAGCUUGGGACCUUCUAACAUGCGGGUGGAGGCUGUUCCCGUUUCCACAAUUACAAGCGGACCAGGACAGCUUCACGUCAGUCCUGAGUUGCACACCAAGCCUGCAUCUACAGACUGGGCAUCGAAAUUCAAAUGCGUUCCCCACGACUAUGCUGCCGCCUGCGCAGUCCCUGAAUCAGUACUCUUGCGGUGGCCAAAGGCUCGACUAGUGACGCUGUACAAGGAGUGCCCAACAUCGGACUACGGAUCUGGAGCAUCUUCCGUCGGUAAUGGCGGAAGCCUUGGCUUCAACAUCGUCGGUGGCGAUGGUGCCGACGGCAUUUACGUCUCGCACAUCCACGCUGACAGCCCUGCCGCCCGGUCAAAGGCCAUAUCUGUUGGCGAUCGUUUGCUUGUGGUUAACGGAACGGAAGUUGUUGGUUCAAAUCACGAGGAGGCUGCGAUCCUUUUGAAAAUGGCCCCCACACGAGUGGACCUCAUCCUUGCCUACGUCCCAGAUGAGUAUAAGAAGUUCGAAGACCAAAUCCGCCAGCAGACGGACAACUCCGACAUUCCUUCGGACAAUCGUGAAGGCGAAGGCAGUGAGGGCCAAGGCAUGGCGAAAAUUCGACAUUCCAUUGAGGCGGACGGCCUCUUUGUUCGCGUUCUCGUCGACUUCGAUCCCCGCACCGUGACGGGGCCAAAUCAGGUCGUCCCGCGGUCAGCCAUUUCCAUCCGGUCGGGCGAUAUUCUCCAGCUCCUCAAUAUUAGCGACCGCGAAUGGUGGCAGGCACGGACCAUCCACCCCUCUACAUGCAAGCCGCUGGGUCCCACCGGAUUAGUUCCAAGUCGAGGACGGCUGGAACGUCAGGAACAGGCCAAGUGGGAGCUCAGAUUUGGGCGGGGGACUCGUUCCUUUGACUCAAGCAUCGAAACUGGUUCCUCCAUCAUCAGUGACCCCCAAUCUACAGACAAGGCCAUCAAGUCCAUUAACCUCUCGCAAUCAGACGCUCCUAGCUUUUCUUCUAAGCACUCCCCGUUAAUUAGUAUCAAAAAAGGAACGACCAAUUGGCACCCCUCAACGGCCCCGUCCAAGUCGAUGAAAAAACGCACAAACACACGCGCGAGGUCAGAGUCUGUAAAGGGGCCUCGACUUCUAACCUACAUUCCCGUGACUUCCGUGCGAACAAUCAACACCCGGCCCGUCGUCAUCCUUGGUGACCUCAUGUACAGCAUAACUGAGGACCUGCUCGCGGACUUCCCACGCGACUUCAGCACAUGCGUCCCACACACGACUCGACACCGAAGACACGGUGAAGUUGAUGGUCGGGACUAUCACUUCGUCAAGUCCCGUUCCAAAAUGGAGUCAGAAAUCAACCUCAACCGCUACAUUGAAGCCGGCGAGUAUAACGGCAAUCUCUACGGGACUCACAUCCAAUCAGUCUUCAAAGUGGCUUCCUCUGGUUUUCACUGCCUCCUGGACGUUGGGGGAUUGGCGAUGCAGCGGCUGACGGCUGCUGGGCUUCCGCCAAUAGCAAUAUUCGUUCUUUCCCACCUGAGCAACCAAACUGUGCGUGUCCUGAAUCCCGCCAGUGAAGAUUCUAAACGAACAGAAAUCUGUUCGCACCAAACCGUGUGGGCCCGUUUACCCGUCCACACCCCGCUCUCAGCGUCUGCGUUGGUAAUGCAGCGUGUUGAAGCACGCACAACUGUGUGCACGCGGCCACAUCUCAGCUGGGUUGAACCAUCUGGUCAACGGUCAAAGCCGUCGCCUCCCAGCACACCUGCGACCACCCAAUCUGGUGGCCCCGGUGUGGUCUCGGCAGUCAUACUGGGCAUCUACAAUGCUGGAUGUCAUCAUGGCAUCCUUGCAUCUCCCGUCUCACAUGCCUAUCUAUUAAAAUUUCUUUGA